AUGUCUCGUGCCUACGUCCUCGCUGAGAGCCAAGGUAUUUUCCAGCCUCCAGACAGUCAAGGCAAUCCCGCCCCUCGGAUCUGGUUCAAGACGGGGCCAGUGACCGAGCGUCUCGUGCAGCGCCUCGUCAGGGUGCAGCUUAAGACGGAGUCGUGUGAUCCAGAACAGGUAGUUGUGACAUCCAACUGGCGUGAUAGCUGGUUCGAGAUCUGUAUUCUAGCUAGUGAUGCUGCAAGAGAGCUCAAGAGGAAAGGCAAGAGGGUUCUAUCUUGGAGAAGUCACAGUAACAUGUUGGCCUCUGGGGAUUCUGGUUUUGUCUUUGGCCGGGAAAGCCAACUGGUUGGGGACAUAAUUGCGGUUCAGGUCUGCUCGCCCCUUUCGGCCCGGGGCGCCUAUCUUGGGCGUGGAAAAUUGAUAGUUGAAGAGCGGGACGAAGGUAUCAUUGAUAGUGUACCUAGAUCUGUCGCUAAGUCGUGCAUGCCCGAGCGGUCCACGGAGACCACAAUCACUCUUUCAUCCACGAAUAACUGCGAGGUUCACGCCGUCGACGACAAGUUGGAGUGCAGGAUUUGGCUGAAGUCUCCGCCUCUUGAUAAGUGUACGAUAUCAAACAUUCACACCGUCCAGUUGUUCACGGUCUCUCGUGGGAGUGGGAAUUUCAACUUCGGCGGUGCAUGCAGCUGGAGUUGGUUUGACAUUUUGAUUCUGGAUUCUCCUGACGCCAAGUCGCCCAAGGUUGUCAACGGUGUUAGCUUGGUUUGGAAAAGUCAUCACAACUCCCUUCACAACGGACCCUAUGAAGAGCGUCGAGGCGAUGUUCUUUACUGGGACAAUCCUCUCCUGUUUCUUGAUGACGGGAACGUUAUCGCCGUACGUAUUUGCGCCCGGUUUCCGGGUUGGAGCAACUAUGUUAAGGAGGGUCAUCUUUUAAUCGGUGUCAAGGAAAUAGAGGCAGCGAAAUCGAUCACGACUUCUCCACUUAGCAUCUGUGAGCCUGAAAACUUGUCCUUUUCUAACGAUUCCUUGGAGACAUUGGGGAUCCCGAGUGAACCGGCACCUGCAUACUCUUCGCCUUCCACUGAUUCGAUUCUUGAGCAACGGCUCGGGGUUGAUCAGACCAUUGAAUCUGCGCGCCCACUGCGCCUCCUCUCACUUGAUGGGGGUGGUGUGCGAGGGAUCUCUACCUUGGUAAUUUUGAAAGAAAUCAUGAAAAAGGUGACCAGCGAGAAGGACCCAAGGCCAUGCGACUACUUUGACAUGAUUGCGGGCACCAGCACCGGAGGCCUGAUAGCACUUAUGCUGGGGCGUCUGCAUAUGACAAUCAAUGAAUGCACCGAGGAAUAUGAGAGGCUGGCGAAGGAAUUGUUCACUCGAGGCCGCCUUGGGAAGUUUGUGGGUGUUGUAACUACGGGUGCGAGAUACGAUGCCAAUAUCUUGAAGAAUGGCAUACAAGACCUUCUCCAAAGAAAGUUAGGCGACAGUGAGGCACUUAUGUUGGAGAAAGACCCACUUUGCAGAGUGUUACUUAUGGCUGCUCGGUCAGACCGUCUGAACCGUAGGACUGCUGCUUAUCUCCGUACAUAUGACUCUCCAAAUGCUCCUCCUCAAAAAUUUCCCCCGUUCAGAAUUUGGGAGGCAGCCCGAGCCACAUCUGCUGCCCCAACUAUUUUCGAAGAAGUCCGAGUGGGGAGGCACACAUUUGUGGAUGGCGGCUUGGGUUUCAACAACCCCGUCCAAGAACUCGUGAAUGAAGCGUUCUUCCUCUAUGGUGCGACGCGUCCCAUUGGAUGCAUCACUUCUAUCGGGACAGGCCUAGGAAAGAAUGUCCCCCUCCACCCCAUCUCAGUUAUUGGAUUCAAACAUUUCGUGAGAGGGCUUGUAAGCGUCGCAUCAGGAUGCGAGCGUUCACAUGAAAGAAUGAUAGCCAACAGUCUGCGCCUGCCUCCCGUUGGCGAGCAAAAGUACUUCCGCUUUAACGUCGGCGAGAGAGUUUAUUCCAAAUGGGUCGAAGAAACUGUGCCUGACUUGUUCAACAACCAGUUGGGGACAGUCAUUGACAAACCCGAAGAAGACCACUUCAAAGCGGGGCACAUCCAUUUAGAUGAAUAUCAGCGUAUGCACGAGUUUGCGGCGCUUAGUAGAAAGUACAUGGCGGAGACGGAACAACAAAAACUCCUUCAAAGGUGUGCUAAGCGUCUCUAUCCAACGACGCUGACUCCGACAGGAGUCUUAAUUCGCGGACAGAUGAGAACCAAUGAGGGCAUGGGCGAGCUGGAAAGCCAGAGUCUGGGAGAUGUGUGUGUUGCUGGUAGCAAGCUUAGGGAAACAGUGAACGAGUCGCUUCUCAUUGCGAAAAGACUCUCAAGUGAAAUAUUGGACAUUAUCGUCCAAGACGAAGACGAGUGCGGUGAUCCCCACCUUGCAGUGCCCACGUUGAACUUUGAGUUUGGAACUCCCGAAGACUGCACUGCCGUCAAGCGGCGUAAAUUAAAGCACCGCUCAGCCUCUCCGUGCCAUAGCUUGGGUUCUGUCAACGAGGCACUCGCCGCUAAACAGGGGCAGAAGACGAAAGAAUUUGCGAUACUCAAGGGCGUAAGGCUCUACUUCACUGGUCGAAGAGUUCUAGAGGCCCAGCGCCGCGGUCCGCGAGUGGCUCCGUUCCAACAACUCUUUGUACCCCUCAUCAGGACCCACGUCUCGUCGUGGGCAAAAGUCAGGACACGAGCCCCACGAGACAUCUUAUCGACGAUGAUAUGUUUCAUUCUUAUAGCAGUCCUUGUUGGGCUGCUAGUUCCACAACGCAGCAAUAAUGUAGACGGCUUCUGCGCUCUGCCUAUCAGGCGGGCAUCCACAGCUGGCAAGUGCUUGAUUUAUAUCUGA